AUGAUUGGCUUCAACCGAGCGGUGCAUGAAGACACCAUGGUGAACUGCAAGUAUGGACGUCUUGGGGCACCCUGGGAAUUUAAUCUGCGUGAUGUGUUUCGUUUCUGUGACUUGCUCAGACAACAUACCGAAAUAGGAAACAGUCUUGACAGCCAACUUCAUGCGUUGAGUUACUACGUGAACUUCAUUUAUGUGGGACGGAUGCGCUCUCCUCGCGACCGCGAGCUAAUUUCUCGUCGAUUUGAGGAUUUCUUUGGUGUACCGCCAAUGAACUUGAGUGCUGUUUCAUUUCAAAUAUCUGCAGAAUUUGUAAAGAUCGGAAGUGCAUUGCUUCCGCGACGACAAGGUGAGCAAAACGGUCGUGUUGCUCCGCCAAUAUUAAACUUUUUGCUGAGACCCAUGGAGGCGUUGGUACAUUGCGUGAACAUGUCAUGGCCAGCUCUUCUUGUUGGUCCGCCUGCCAGCGGAAAAACAUCCUCGGUCCGUUUGCUUGCUUCUCUGAGUGGAAACACGUUGCAUGAACUCGGUAUGAGUGCUGGAACGGACGCUACAGAGCUGCUUGGUUGCUUUGAGCAAGUGAAUGUUGGACGAAAGCUGCGCGAAAUCAAGCAGAAGAUUCAAGUCAUCUACGAAAGGGUACUCCAGCAACUAAUGCUCGCAUGUGCGACCAACGGGGUUUCUCAGAAGAAGAAAGCAACAAUUCAAAACAAGGCUAGUCGUCUCAAUAAUACUUGGUGGGCGCUCAUCACGCGCGAAAAGUAUCACAGCGAUAAUGCAGUGCCGCAAAGUCACAAAAAGAGAAGUGAUAAGAAGCCCGAAGCAAAGAAGUUACCGAAAGGGCAACUAGAUGCGGGGAUUGUUGAUUUAAUGAAGAGUGUCGUGAGCGUGCUCCAACAGACUGACGCUGCAAAUGAGGAGAUGAUAUCGGUGCUUGCUGGCUGUAUGAAUGACAUUGAUAGCGUGGUACAACUCAGCAAAUCCAGCUCGAUUGCAAGUUGCUUUGAGUGGGUGGACGGUGCUCUCAUUCAGGCUAUGGAGAAGGGUCACUGGGUGCUCUUGGACAACGUCAAUUUUUGCAGCUCGUCUGUUUUGGACCGAUUAAACUCACUGAUGGAGACUGAUGGUGAGAUGCUCGUUAAUGAAUGCGGUAUCAUCGAUGGCAAACUUCGUGUCAUUAAGCCCCACAAAAACUUUCGAAUAUUUUUGGCUAUGGAUCCUCAAUAUGGCGAGGUAUCUCGUGCGAUGCGAAACCGAUGCGUAGAGAUCGCACAUGGCGAAGAGGAUGCACCGCGUUUGGAUCUUAUUAAGAUUGCACUGGCAUGUGGAAUUCCAGGAUUUGCUCUUUCGCGAGCCUUCCAAGUUACCCAUGAGCGCGCGGUUACCAAACUCAAAGAGUACACGGCGGGCACGAAAGUUGGUCGCAUUAACCGUCGGCACUUAGAAAACUGGUCUUUGUUGGCUUUUGCUGAGUUCUCGCGAGGGAUUGAACCCCUUCGUGCGAUCACUGAGUCUUUCCGACGUGUAUAUGACGAUGGGUUCCUGACCGAGCCAGAAUUUAGCGAAGAAAUUCUGGAGCUGUUUCUCGACGCAUUCCAGGCUUACCAGCAAAACGGACAAUGUCAGCGCGCGCUUAUACCGGUUGCUGCACCUUCUACAUUGGUGUGUGAGCAAAGUGAGAGCUUUAUGCUACAACGAGAUGUUGCGUAUCUUGAAUACCUCAUUUUGUCUUCGCAGCAGUCGGAGAACUGUAGCGCGAGUGACCUGCAACUGAGCUGGUUAGAUCCCGACGUGAGUGUUGCUAGGUGCAAAGGUGCCCCAUUUCCUGAUGGAAGCAAUAAUUUAAAUGCUUGGCUGGAAUGUGUUUCUUCUCGAGUCCACCGCCAGGAAACAACGUACUCGCAAAGGGCUCUUGAAGGAGCUCGUGAUCACCUAUCAUCAAAGUCGUUCUUUGGGCUAGCAAACGCAAACACAUCUUUAGCGGUGAUACUUGCUCCUUUCGCACUCCGUCGUAUAGUGGAAGUAGCUAGCAUAUAUUGCAACACCAGAAUUCAGUGGUCAACGACAACGGACCGCCUCCUUUUUGCUUUGGAAAAAAUUGCGAGUGGAGUAGGUGGUAAAGCAAACACUUUAAGAUUGGUUAAGUUGCUUGCCCGUUUUCUCCGGUCGAUGACGGAGACUGAAUUGAACAUCAAUGUUCCUCAAAAACUCGAUGAGACGGUACGCCACUUGGCAAGUUUGCUGGACAGGUCGGCAAGCUUGCCUCCCAUGUAUCUUCCAGCCAACCACUCGGCUUUCUUCAACUUGCAAUCCCUUGUUGCUGAUUGUAUAGUAAGGACUCCGUCGAGAAAGACUGACCUCGACAACGCCUGGAACUCUGUGAUGAUCGCACAACGCCAUUUUGAGCUACUCAAUGGCAUGGAGUGGUUAAUUUUUUGCGAGCGAGAACAGUAUCGUCAAGUUGAUACGCUUUUUGCUGCAUCGUCAACAACGGACGGCAAGGACAAACGUAAUAAGAAAGGUAUCCGCCGUCUUGGAAGCAAUAUGGAUAAUUUGUCAGUGUUGCAACAGUCUUAUGCUGUGCACAAGUAUCAGGCUGAUCGUUCAUACGUGGAAAACGAGCUGACGUUCUUGGUUUAUCCGCUUUUAAGUGCUUUUGAUGCUUUCCUUGCCGAUUUAAUACGAGAUUUUUCGAAUUUAAUCAUGAAUCCGUUGUUUUUCGAAGCUGUUCAGGCCGCUUUUCGAGACCGAUUCGAGUUUUCAAUUCAGUUGCGAGUGGAGGUUUUCGAGUGGACACACUUUCUCAUCCACUGGCAGUGGAUGAAAAAGGUACUGCUACGACUUGGAAAGCUAAUUGAGCAGCACCCCGCUGAGGCGUUUGGGUGGCGUUCGCAGUGGAACAAUUUGCUGAAUAUGGUUCAACGUGUGCAAGAUGCAAUUGAAGAGAACAUAGGCUGUCAAUCUAGGAAAGCUGUGCUUUGGAAAAAGGGAGGCUACUCGUUGCUUCCGAGCAGUGUUGACCUUUGGAAGGCUGAAUACCUGCUCAAAUGGCUAUCCGAGACGUUUAUGCAUGCUAAUUUGAUGUGCUUCUCUGCUCUUUCCUCGGGCGAGUCUGGGAGACCUACGGAUGGCAAGGUAGACGUGCUCGCACUUUUGUUUGGUGGCGUUGACUCCAUGGAAGCUGCGAUGAAAAACGGAAAACUGGAUGUGUCGCCACUGUUUUACGUGGACAUUGACUCUCGAAAGGAAGUCUUAUAUGCACUAUGUACAUUUUCAUACCUAGCUCAAGAGCAAAGACGAGGAAAAACUGGAAGUGCUUUAACACCAAAGCAGCCACACGCUCUGAUGGCAAAGGAGUUGUUCAAGCUGCCUAAUGUACUACUGAAAAAACUACAGAACGAACAGUUUAAGACCACGGAGCUUGUUUUAAAGAUGACGUUGUAUUUGAGCGAGAUUGAGGAAACCAGUCACGCGGAUUUGCUAAGUGUAGAAGAUGGCCGAAUUGGCAAGGAUACGCCAAUCUUGCUGUUUAAUAUGAGGGAGAGUGCACGGUUGAUCGAUCGGAUGGUGACCUUCCAAUUAAGUCCAAUGUUCGAGCAUGCUCUUGCCCGCCAAGAGCUUCAGAGUAUUACGGGGCUGGUACGCGUGCUGAAUAUGUAUCGUCUGUACAAGAACAGUAUGUCUCAAGCAAGAUGCAUUGAGCUCGUUAAGGAUAUUCGAGAUGUGCUUCAAUCGCUAGAAGUUAUCAUUGAGGAGCUACUACGACUGGGCCUUCGCAACCCUGCUUGCUUCUAUGGCUAUCAAGACAUCGUUUGGUGCGGCCACGAACUUGUUUCUUUAGAAAGUUCUAGUGAGAUGAUAGGUGACCACACUGCUAAGCUCGAGCGGUUUAUUUCCGUUCUCCAGUCACACCUGAACGGCAUGCUGUUUAGAUUCCACCAGUUCUUGCGUUGUAAUAGCUUUAACCAUAUGGACCUUAUUUCGCUGGAGGUUUUUGAUACUCGAAAGAAGUUGCGCAAGGCAAACAAGCGGACUUUUGCCGUGUGUACUGACGUUGCCGAUCACGGUCAGGUUGUUGCAGGCUUUCCACGUUUAUUUCAGGCCGUCCAAAGCGCAGUUGCUCUAAAAAAUAUUGCAGAGGUGAAUUUGGAAGAAUCUAUGUGCCCUACUAGCGAGGUGCAAAUGCGUGCUGCUCGGCUCGAGAAAGUCAAGACCCAUUUUGACACAAAGCAUGCCCAGGUAGGAAAGAUGACAUUUAGUACAAGCAGUUCGUUUGUCCGAGAGCUUUUUAUAGCGACGGUGUUAGCUUUCGAGUCGACAUUCCUAGAAGAUUCCGUGUUUAUUCAGUGGAAGGAGAUUCAUUCUCUUCUUCUUCAGUUUGCAGAUAGUAUGCAGACUUUCGAUACCAACGCUCGAGCUAAACUCCUGAAAGCUUUGCGCACUUCCGAGGACCACACCUUUGUGACGCUAGUUGAUGUCUUUGUAGCUCCGUUAGUGACUUCUUUGACUACGGAAGGUGAAGGACAAUUCAGUGGCUGCCGUACAAGUGCAGUCGGUGAGAGUAUGGUGUUGCUGGGUUUGUGGCGUUUUGCACUACUUCUCCCGUCCUCUCCGGUGGAUCCCGUUACGAAGCCAUUGGUGAAAAAGGAGAAUUUGCUGAACCGCUUGGCAAUGCUCACCAUGAACGAUGCUGCAAGUUCUUCGAUUCACCGACUUAAUUCUUCGCCUGCAUCAUCGUUGGAUUGUUUCCAAAAUGAUACACGCUCGUUGCGUGAUUUAUACAACCAAGUAACGGAAGUUUCUGCUCAUGCUAUCCAGCGCUAUCAACCGAUGAAGCCGCGCAGUGACGCUGCAAUGAUUGAUUUGAGGGACUUUGAAAUGAAGCCUGUGGCAGCUUCCAUCUUUGGUGAGCUCUUCCACGAUUUGCUGCGCUUUAACACUACGGUGAUGUCUGCUGAAAAAAUGCUAGCAUUGCUUUGCACAGCUAAAUCAUCAAAGUCUACGGAACAGCGGAAACGCGAACUGUUGCGUGAACUUAUUAUGUUCCAACAAACAUCAGAGAACUUCCUUGCUCAAUUGUCAAAAAAGUUUGGAGACUGUUUUCGCGAUGUACUAGAACCAGUCGCGGGUGCUAUUUACUGCGUAAAGGAAGGUGUAGCAUUGGUAACAUGGUCACUACAUGAAAAUCUUCAAAAUGUUUCGCUGAAACAGCAGGAAAAAGAGGCUUUGGCUCUGUCUCUUGUGCGGUUUCCCUCUAGCUUGAACGUGAAAACGGUGGGUCAAUCUUGGUGUAACAUCCAGUUGAUGCUGCAAACUGCUGGGAAACCUGCGUGGUCAAGUUUGCUCGGUGCAGGUUUGUCGAACAAACGCAAGGUUGAAGUGACUUUUCUGGACGUGGCUCUGUCAAAAACAGAGCUCCUUUUCCGCGAAACUUUGACGACUGCACGCAAGAACUGCGCGCUUGACUUCACAGCGGUCGAGAUGGCUUUCGAAAGCAGCAAGGCGCUUUUUGAUCUUUUCUUGUCGAAGUGGCAACAACAGAAAGAACGUGAAGAGCAGAAACGGAAGGAGGAGGAAGAAUUGUUCAAGUACAAGACCCGUCAGUUGGAUUUGGAAACUGAAGAAGAAUUGCUGGAGAAGGAGUACCGCGAGCAGUUUCCAGAUUAUAGUAGUUGUGAUUUUCAAGCAUUUUUGAGCCCAACUCAGGCGGUCGAAGCUGAUGCUGAAAGAUCAGAUUUGUUGACUGCGACAGAAAUAAAUUUGCUGAUAACAGACACCAUUGUGCAGCGAUUGUAUGAAACGCACGUGAAGUUGUAUGCUGAGACCGCGAACUCCGACAUUGCAAUAACCAAGGAUGAAAUUGUAAAUGCCUUUGCAAGGGCAUUUUCGCUAGCGCUAAAGCUGUACAAGUCAUGGAACUUGACGGCUUCUACAGCUACUGAGAGUGCUGUGGAAUCUUCGGGAGUCUUGGCUGCCUCGCUUGUUCAAGCUCGCCUUGGUGGUACCACUGGAUCGAAAAUGAGUGUUGCGCCAUCGUUCCAGGCGUUAAACAGCGACUACAUACGAGGCAUCGACUUUCAUCGUGAUCCGCUUGUCAAAGAAGUUAUUCUUGUGGCAGAACCGUUGCAGCGCUUGAUGGUGAAGGUUCAGUCGCUUUUAGCUCAAUGGCCCGAUCAUGCAAUUCUUCAGCAAAUGGUACUCAUCGCCGACCGUAUCCGCAACUUCGAAAUCAGCUCUCCGCUGGUCCGCACGCUUACUGGUGUGGAAUUACUGCUGCGUAAGGCUCAGGAGUGGGAGAUGUAUGCGGCACGGGCUUACUCGAUAAGUGAUGAGCUAGGAUCUCUAUCAUCGCUGGUGACGCGGUGGCGAAAGCUAGAGCUUUACUCAUGGCCCCAUCUGCUUUACGUAAAAGAAAAACAGCACCGUUUCAUGGCACAGAAAACGUGGAUCAGUAUGUACUCGCUGCUUACGGCGCAGUUUGAAUCGGACGCUGGCAUCGCUGAUCACAUAGAUGCUACCACUAAAAGGUCACAAAAUUUGCAGUGGCUUCGCCUCAGCCAGGUGUCAAUGUGGCUAUUCAUACCACUCAAUGAGAACAGAGCUGGCUACCAGGCACUGAGCGAUGUUGCACGAGAGAGUCAAGCUAAGCGGCGCGAGUUUAUGAUCCAACUUUUUGAGACAUUGGACGCCUACAUUCGCUCGUGCCCUAUCGGGCAGUACGAAACUCGCCUACUUGUGGUGUAUUCGAUCUGCGCACAGCUGUUCAUGGAGCUUUGGGCCCCUUCAAAACGCCGGGGAACAUCCACCGACUAUGUCACAACGUCGUCGAAGUAUGCACUGGCAAAUAUGUUGUAUCAUCUAUACCGGUAUUACGGACAACACUUGGGAUAUUUGGAGCGUGAGUGGAGUGCUCUUAAGGCGCCAAUUCAGCGUAAACUGGUUGAAUUUGUUAAAAUCUGCCGGUGGGACGAGCAAACGUACUACUCGCUCGCUGAAUCUGCGGAGAAGUCGCACCGCAAGUUAAUGAAGUUUGUGCGCGAUUAUGAUGCUGUGUUGACUGCGUCCAUGCAGACUGUUAUUGAUGCUUCAACGGACAAUGGAAUUACAAAGGAAGGUGGUUUUGUUGGGAUCCAUUUGACGAAGAAAGAACUUAUCGACCUCAACGACGCUGUUGUGGUCCCAGUUGACGUUAAGCAGGAUAAUGAACAAGACCAUGGGGAAGUUUCAGUUGAGGGAGAGACUACUGAGCGUGCGAAGCUCAAAAGUAAGGUGCUAGUAGAAGAGGAACUGCAGGGUUGCGAGAGACCACCUGUGUUACGAUUGCUACAUACAAGCUCGCAUUAUGUCGUCACAAGCGAAGAUAGUUCCUUGCUUCCAAUGCCUGCGUAUGCAACGAAACUUCCAGCGCUCUCGAAGCGAAUUACGAAAUAUACCCUGGAGCACAUUUUAUCGCAUAAUCAAGUGCAGCACCGCCAGCAGGUGCACGUCUUGUGUGAGGAUCUUUGUGAAACUAUUUUCUACCGGAUUUUGAAACUCCAGAAAGCAACGGGACUGCCAAAGGGUGCAAAGAAGAAAGCAUUAAUUGAUCUUCUUAGAGAGCUGAAGACCCAGGGCAUGGCAUAUCACCGACUGCAGCUGCCGGCUGAGCAACAACAGAUUCAGCGAUUGUUUGAGUUGGAUGUGCCUGAUGUGGAAAACUGUCUCCAUGUUGACCAAUUUGAUUCUGCGGUGGAUUCCAAAAGCCUGCCGACUUCUUUUGCUUCGACUGCAGCAUAUGUCAGCGGAAAGCAAAGCAAGCCUAAGUGGCGUAAGACAAAGAGCAAAGAGACUGGAUACAUGCAGCCGGCUGAGUUAUCAGAAGAAGUUGUGACCAAGAAUUCACCGAUGUGGUUGUGGCAGCGAGCCGACGGGUACUAUUACCGGUUCCUAGGCCAACUGGCAUCAUUGCGGUAUAGCGCAAUGACAAGCUUUUCGCAUGAUCUGUCGUCAAGCGAAGUUGAGCGCAUGAGUGGUUACGCGGAAAACAUGUUGCAUACAAUGCUGCAGCAGCGACAAAUCCUUCAUACUACUUCACUCAGUCACGAAAAGCUUGUCGAUGGAUUAACGUCGCUGGAGUUGAUGAAGGAGUUCAAGAAGAACUACCUUGUUUCUGGUAAAAUGGUUGUCAAUCCAAAAACUGCGAAUGAAUGGCAGUCAUUCCAGCUUGCAUCUGUCAAUGCAUUGCGCCCUCGUCUGCGCGAGCUUGAAAUAUCAUUAUUACAGAUACUACAGCAGUCGUCGGAGACCACGUUGGUAUUAACGGAAGUUUGUGAUCAGUUCCAGCGUAUUACUGAGCGAUGUAAUGCCAUUCAGAAGUCAUUUGCUGAAAGUGGUGGGCUGACCCGGUCGCUUGGUGUGCCCUCGAUCCCGUAUUGUGCUGUGAACGCCAGCGAGGAUGCAGGCGGUGAUACCGGUAUUGUGGCCUUUGCUCGACCAUCAAAACGUAUAUAUGGUGUGUCCCCAAUUGUAUCAUGCGUUGAAUCGUCAUCAGAUGUCUCGCGAAGUGUUCCUUUGGCAACUGCUAUGCUUCAAGCUAAUAGUGCUCACUUCAGCGCGAUUCAAUCUCUUUUGGCGAAGAUUGGAUCAGCACUUGGAACAGUGACGAUACCAAGCUGCUUUAAUGAAUUUCUUGCUGAGUAUGCUGAUAUUAUUUGCGUCGAUAGUAAAUUUGAGCGGACACUACGCUUCCCUCUCUCGUCACGUGGCGACUGUAAAGCUUACGAGUAUGAAAGCACGCAAUCAAUGGCAACUUUUAGUGAAAUUUACGACAGGCUCGUUGAGACAGUGCUGGUAUCAAUCCAAGAUCUGACCAAACUAUCUACGGAGACUGAAUCAACGCCAACUCAAAAUACAGCAAAGGAAGCAGAUGGCGAGGCUCAAUCGCUUCGGAAUCAACUAGCCACGCUGUCUACGAUGGUGAAGGACUUGCGCGUGAACUCUAUCGCGUCGCAGCUUGCCAAGUUACUGGAACUGUUGCAUCGUCAGUACGACCAGUUUGUAAGCACUCAGUCGGAGGAGUGGAAGCAAGUAUUUACUACGUCGAUAACGCUUCUGGAGCGCUUUGAGCCGACCCUGAUCGAUGUCCGUGGUAUUAGCCGGCAGCUAUUCGUCGACUUCUUAGUGGCACACAAGAGUGUGAUGAAACUUGAUUACGUUCUUGUGCGAAUCUUUCGUAACUUGUUCCAGCACGGCUUUUGCCGUACGGACGAGGAGAGGAAUAAUGAAGAAGGUGACAGUGAUUCGAGAAAAAUGCAGUUUCAGGACGACGUGGAAGGAACUGGUAUGGGCGAAGGCGACGGAAAGAAGGACGUGAGCCAUGAAAUCAAAGAUGAGGAGCAACUUUUGGGCUUACAGGGAGACCAACAAGAUGCGCCAGAUCCAUCAGCUAACGAGCAACCUGAAGAUACGGGCUUCGAAAUGCAGAAUGACUUUGAAGGUGCGAUGCAGAACGCGCCUGACAACGGGAAGGAGGAAGAUCAGGACGAUAAUGAGGACGAGGAAGAGCUUGACCGUGAAAUGGGUGAGUUUGACCAAGACGAUGAGAAUGUGGUGGAUGAGAAGAUGUGGGGCGAGGACUCGGAUGACGAUGAUGAUAAUAUUGACAAGGAGAAGGAGAAGUUUGAAGAAGACUCAAACGUUAGAGGCGAAACGUUAGAAGACGAAGUGCGAGGUAAGGAGGGCGACGAGAAAGGAAAUAACGACUCAGACAAGGAAGAAAAGGACGAGCAGAAGCCGCAACUGAAUCCGUCGGAUGAUACUUGUGCCAAUGACGAUGAUGAUGGUGGAGAAGACGAAACGAUGGAUGGGGACAUCAAUGACGACUUCGAGGAUCAGUACGAAGAUUAUCAUGACGUCGACCCUACAGAGCGCGAAGAUGGUCGCGGAGAGGGUGAAACUGAGGAAAAUCAUGGUGACGAGCUUCCCGAAGAUAUGCAAAUUGACAACGACGAGGAUGAUGAGGACGACGGCUGUGAUGCCGACGGAGACGACUUAAAUGAUGAAAACAUGGAAAAGCAGAAUGAUCCGGCCGACGAAGCGGCUGAUGAUGACGCGGGUGGGAAAGACAUAGCUAGUGCCGAGAACAAGGAGAGCGCCGAAGAAGAUAGCGAGAAUGAACAGCCCGACAAAGCGGUUCAGCUCGGAGGUGGCGGUCUUGAAGAUGAGCCAGAAUUUAUUGAGGAGAACAUUGAGGAAGACGCCGAACAGCCAGACGUUCCUGAGAGUACCGAGGAGGAGGAGCAGGCAACUUCUAAGGUUGCUGGCACUCAGUCAAAGGAUGGCCAGGAUGAAUUAGAUACGGAUAAGCGGGAGAUGCAGGACCAGAAAAUGGAGGACGCCAAUCCUCCGGAACAGGAACAGAGCAACGACGACAUCAGUAGUACCCGUGCGCAGAAUCAACGCAGCAGCAACGACCAGGAGCUAGAAUGGAAGCCGCAAUCGGAGGUUGAUAAAGAUCUGGACCAAGAACCUCAUCGCGAGACACGUCGCGAUCGCCGUGAGCCAAAUCCGUAUCGGAAUGCCCAGGAAGCGCAGGAUCACUGGAAAAAACGCGUGGAGAUGGUUGAUCGCACAGAGGAGGAAAAGGCGGCCGACGAAAACAGCUCCGCGAAGCAGGAGAAGGCUAGUGAUAUGACGACAGCGGAAUUUGUUGAUGACGAUGAGGAAAUGGUGGAUGUAGAACACGCAUUGGCUGCUGCCAAUGAGAACCAAAUGAUGACUCAGCCUCGAUCUGAGGAGGAGAAAAGCAAUGCUGGUGAGGAGGAAGACGAGAUGAACCUUAGAACUGAAGCGACAGCUCCAGAAGUUGAAGAGAAGAAGGCGAAGGAAUCAACUGACGAACAGGAGCAAAAGAAUAUGUGCAAGCCUAUUAAGCAAGAGCUCAAACCUGACACGGAUGCAGCUGACGAUAACGUGACGAAGCAGGAGCAGCUGGAUAAACAGGAGGCAAAGCCGAAGAAUUUUACCGAAGACGGAGACCACGAGCUUUUGGACGACGAAACAGACCAUGCGCUCCCAUCAAGAUUGCGGGACCUUGAUCUAACCACCUCUAUGCAUGACAAAGUAAAGGGCGAUGAGACGGAGGCUAGUACGGUGACACAGCUGUCUCCGGAAGAGGCUGCUGCGUUGCGUGAUGAGCUGGAUUCUUUCAUUGCUAAGUGGUCCUCACAGUCGGAGCAGGAACGCGGUGCAGAGUUGUGGGCUAAGUAUACUACUUUGACUGCUGGUGCGUCGCAGCGCCUGUGCGAGCAGCUUAGGCUAGUGUUGGAACCGAUGCUUCGUGCUAAGCUGGAGGGCGACUUCCGCACGGGCAAGCGCAUUAACAUGCGCAAGGUGAUUCCGUACAUCGCGAGCCAGUUCCGCAAGGACAAAAUCUGGUUGCGGCGUACACGACCGUCCAAACGUCAGUACCAGGUUAUGCUGGCAAUUGACGACUCUGAGUCCAUGGCGGACAGUCAUGCUGGUCACUUAGCACUGGAAGCACUUGCCACCCUCUGCAAGGCCAUGACACAGCUUGAGGUCGGUGAGCUGUCUGUUGUCAAGUUUGGGCAGGAUGUGGAGCUGCUGCACGCUUUUGACAUGCCCUUCACGGAUGAUGUUGGCAGUCGUCUUAUUGGCCGCUUUGGCUUCCAGCAAAAGAAGACCAACAUGGUACAGACACUGGACACGAUCUUGCAGCUACUCGAGACGGCCAAGCAGUUGUCUUCAGCUACCAGCAGCGCAGUCGAGUUCACGCAGAUCGUGUUUCUCAUCUCAGAUGGCCGCUUUGAUUCGGAUGGUCGUGUGCGUAUCCGCAAACUGAUCGAGACAGCACUGGAGCGCCAGCAGCUCAUCGUUUUGCUCAUUGUGGACCAAGGCGCAGCCGAGAAUUCAAGUAAUCAGCAGCAGACAUCCAUCUUGGACACGCAAAGCGUCACGUUUGACAAGGGCAAGGUCCGCAUGGUGCCGUAUCUGGAGAACUAUCCCUUUCCAUACUAUGUGUUGUUGCCUGUAUCUACGAUGCUACCAGAGAUCCUGUCUGACUCACUCCGUCAAUGGUUCGAGAUGCUACAGGCCAAAAACUAA